CUGCAGGCUGCGGGGGGUCUACCUGGUCUACCUGGUCUACCUGACCCCGACGCAGCGUCCUCGGGGUCAGGUAGACCAGACUCCAUCUUCUCUUCCUCCUCAGUCACAUGUUCAGAUUGAUGCUACAGCCAGCAGCUGGUUAGCUUAGCUUAGCAUAAAGACUGGAAACGGGGAAACAGCUAGCCCGGCUCCGUCCGAAGGCACCAGGACCCGGCAGCUCCCUGAUCCACACCUGACAUCUGGUUUGUUAAAGUGUAACACGACAGAACUGGUUCUACCUGCUGCAAGGAAGCGAGUGAGCGCCAAUUAAAAGAUAAUUACGGACAGGACCAUGUGACACUGCGUCAGGUCACAUGGUCAGACUUCUGAGGACUGCACAUCCCAUGAUUCACUGCUGCUUGUUUCCUCAGCAGAGUUCAGAUCAGAGGAGCAGACUCUGGCUGCUGGCUUUGUGUCUUUAAAACAUUUCACCUGGUUCUGCACGCGCUUCAUAUUUGGCUCCAUCCAAACCUGAAUACUGAGUAAGCUCGUGUAAGCUGAGCCGUUUCCCCGCGUGCAGCCUUUAAUGCAGCUGACGCUUGAAGACUCGUGACCUCUCGGUGACCUCUGACCAGCUGAAAAUCUGGCUCUCUGAUUGGCUGAGCAGACUGACCUGCAGACAGGUGAAGAUGGCCGCGGAGCUGCUGCUGCUGCUGCUCGGACUCUCCGCGGGUCCCGGACUCUCCUCCGGAUCCGGUCCGGACUCUGAGCGCGGCAGGAUGGAGCUGCGGCGCGUGCGGAGCCUCGCCGCUCAGCCCAGGUACGGAGGGUGUUGGGCGCGAGCUCUGGAGAACUUGGACAUGCGCUGCAGGGACCUGACGUCAGAGAGCCAGAGCCGGAUAGCGCUGAGAUUCACCUUGUGUCACCUGAGCAGCUCAGGCAGGGAUUUCCCAUCAUGCUCUGAGGGGUCAGAGGUCAGCAGGUGUACAGGUGCCAUGGACGCUGUGGCCUUUAACACCUACACCGAGUUCUUCACCCACACUCACUCCAUCUGUCACUUCCUGCAGUCUGAAGCCUGGCAGAGCCGAGCGGAGAACACCAUGUACAGGUUAACAGAGAGUUCAGCAGGUGUAGCUGAGCAGCUUCAGUCCACCAGGCAGAUGGCUGAGGACCUAAUUGAUGCCCAGAGUGCUGCCUUACAGGCGCAGCAGGAGAUCCUGAACAACGGAGAGGAGCUGAGGGUCACCCUGAGAGACUCUACCCAGGGCCUGCGGUCGGUGUUCUCGGAGCUCAGCAGUGUGUCCAGGGAGCAGCAGGUGGCGCUGUCUGAACUCUUCAACAGAGUUUCCUUCCUGCAGAGCUUCCUGCUGAUGGAGGCUCACAGUCUGAGCUCCUGCUGCUACAACGCUGCUGCUCUCUGCACCUCCUUCCUCCUCACCUCCACCCAGCGCUCCUCCAGAGCCAGGUUGGUGUUGUUGGGUUUGGUGUGUUUAAAUUUCUACCUCGAGAGGAAAAUCUACCAGUUCGUGAUGAACUCUGAUCAUCCUGAACACAAACACAUGGAGCUGCUCAGUGUGUAUGUGAGUGUGUUGCGGCGGGUCAUGGUGUGUGUCGGAGUGUGUGUCCUGCUGUGUGUGUGUGUUCGGUACAGAGACCCGGUGCAGCAGAGUCUGCAGGUGCUGCAGCAGCUCAGAGAGACGCAGAGAGGCCUGCAGGAGGCGCUGCAGCACGCAGAGUGUUUGAGGGAGCGACAGAGGAGAGAGAAUCAGCUGGAUGUGAAGAGGAGAUCAGAGAGCAGAAGAAGAGAGGAGACGCCGACAAGGAGAAAGGAGAUAAAAAGAGAGGAGGAGGAGGAGGAGGAAGAAUGCAGCACGCUGGUGUCUCUGACCGCAGACGGCUCAGACCUGUCUCACCUCUCACACAUCGGUUGGAGUACUGACAGUAUUCUCAGCAGCACAGUGAACAGCACCCUGCAGUCAAACAUUACCCACAAUGCCUCAGUGCAGAGUCCCACUACCCACAAUGCCUCAGUGCAUCCAGGCAGGCGUCCUCGUCCCUCCUCCCCUCUGGUCUACAGUGUCCUGGUGGAGGACAAACAGCCUCGUUACAGCCUGAGGAGCAGAAGAUCAGAGACCCGCUGACUCCGUCUUCUCCGCUGAAUGUUUUAAACACAACGUUUUUCUAACUAUCAAUAAAACUGAAUUUUAGAUUUUAAA